GCUACACUGGUGACCGUCCUUCUUCGAACAUGGUGAUUGUUGAUGUGGGACUGCUAUCUGGAUUUUCAGCUGAUAAAGAGUCUUAUAGAAAUAGUGUGGACAGUUUCAAAAUAAAAAAAGUUGAACUGCAAGAUGGGCACCUGUUUCUGUACCUUGAUCCAAUGGAAGUGAACAGUCUGCUACAAUUAUCCAUUGACACCAUCCAUCAGUUCAGUGUAGAAAACCUGCAGCCUGCCAUUGUGAAAGUUUAUGAUUACUACCAUACUGAUGACUCAGUUGUCGCUGAAUAUGAAGCACCAAAAUGACUGGAAAUCGAGGUGAAUCAACUGACUGCAAACUCACGGCACACAUCCCAAUGAGACUCUGUUGGUCACUAUGGAUACGGAGGACAACAUGCAAAAUCUGGCAACUUGUUCCACCAUGAUCUCAUUGGGUGGUAUCCAGUUUAACAGUAAAAAUCUUGUUCAAAGAGGAUCGUGUUUGCUGUCUCAGU